GAAAAAAAAAAAUCAAAUACUAAAGUGCGUGGCGAUUACUUACCUACUGAUAAGGAAAUCGUUAAAAUAAUUGAAUCUUGUAUUCUAGAAAAUACUUGCAAGGCUACACAAAAGUGGGUAAAAGCUCUAAAUAGGUGGCAGAAUAAUGUUGGAUAUUGUUAUGGUAUCGAAACGGUCACUAGUAAAGACCAGCUUGAAAAGGAAAUGACAGAAUUUUUUUGUGGUGUACGAAAAAUUCAAGAUAGAAGCGAUUAUAGUCCUUCUUCAUUAGUUAAUGCUUAUAAUUGUUUAAGUAAUUACAUUUAUAAGCAUCUGGGUAGUAGUCAAAAAUUUGUAAUUAACAAUAAAAGUGAAUUUCCUUUAUUGUGGGAAGUUCUUAAUAGAAAAAUGAAGGUUCUAAAGCAAUCCGGAAAGGUUACCAAGCAUCAUGAUCCAUUGUCACCUGACGAAUUAAAGACAAUAUUUAAUCAUAAGACAUUGUUGAUUAAUACAACCAAGGGGUUUCAAUAUCAGAUGUUUAUGUGGUAUUGUCUCCUUUUCGCUCCACGUAGUGGUGAACAUAGUCAAAUAAAGGUUACGCGGUUUACUUUUCUUAUACCUGCAGAUCCUGAAGGGUAUUUAGGGCCUGUUCAUGAUAUUAAGUUGUAUUUAAGCAAAAGACCCACAAAUUGUGCAUGUCAAUUUUUACAUCUCAAAAUUAAUAAAGACAUUCAUG